GCUUAGGCCCACGAACAGGCAAGGCCCAAAGUCGGUCCAAUGAGUCCAAUAUAGAAUUCAAUGUUUCUUGUUCGCGAAGCUCCAAUACUGUUUUAGCGUAGGCGAGGGAUUAGUCUGAUGCCUCGUGACGCCACAACUCACAAGAACUAUUAGUGUUUCCCGAGUUGAAUUUUGAUCAUACAGUUAAUCACUGUGUCUGUGCUGCGAGCGAGGAAAAGGGUCGUUUGUUUACGGAUGGAAUUCGUUGUAGAAGAUGGCAAACGCCUCCACGACGAAUGCUCCACUCUCAUCCUGCCUGCAUUGUCGAUCGGCAAUGUGGGGCAGCUGGCGUUGGAUCUCUUGAUUGCUUCGACGAGAGCGGAGAGAAUUGGUUAUUUGGAUGACCCAAAUGUUCUUCCUUGUGUUGGCAAUGAUGCAUAUGGGCCCAUUCCUCAGGGCGAGCUUGCUCUCCCUCUUGAAGCUUAUGAUUCAUUCUCUAAUGCACUGUCUCUUGUUCAACAAAGAUCUCCAAUUGUUAAGGGUAUGAUGGUUGAAUUUGCUAAAAAUAUGGCUGAUUUCGCUGCUGCUACAGGAAAGAAGCAUGUUCUUAUUCUUUCUAGCUUAGAUUUUGGGCGAUGGCAAAAAAUUGAUUUGUCAAGUGUCUCAUACGCUGGGGGCUGGGAGUCGAGUCAGACCGAGAGAGGGGAGGGAUUCGAGGGAACUCGGAGGAGCCUUGAAGGAGCGAAGGCUGCGAAGCACAAAGCAGCGAUGACUCCAAGCUCCGAAGCUGAAAUCGAGAGGCUAGCUGGUGGCAACUGUGACGACUGGCGGAGGAAGGCGCCGACGGGCAAUCGGCGACUCGCAGGGGCGGCGGAGCUACUGCAGACCUGUCGCCGGUGA